AUGGCAAAAGUCACUCCGGUCCUCCCUCGGCCUGGCCAGGAGCCGAACCAGUUGCCCGGCCACGGGGAAACCCGUAGGUUGAUACCCGGGCGGGCAGUCGCAACGAGCAUUGGGGCCAGCACCCUCAACUCAGUUUUCAAAGUUGGCCCGGUCCACAACGUGACCGAGCAGACUCUCGAUGACUACUCCAUGUUCAAGCAGCUCCUGAGUCGGAAGGUCUCAUGGGUACUGAUCACAGCCUUCACGGCCGUGCUUUGCUACACAGCUGUGCGGCCUGCUCUUUGCUCGCACGACGAGAGGUGUCAGGAGCAGCACAGCAGUGCCACCGAGUUGGUGCCCUACAGUUCUCUUAUUUCAGCAAGCCUGGCGGCUGUCUUGAUGCAUGAGCUCGCCUCAGUGAUCUUGACGUUCAGGACGGCCCAGAAGGCCCUCAGCCUCAUUCCGAACGUCAGGGAGUCCUUGAUUCCAUCCGCCCUGCUCUGCACCAGCUUUGCCGUUCUCCUGCUGGAGAACAUGCCCUUCUACGCGGCCAACUCCGCCUGGUUCGUGCACGCCUCGGUCUCGGAGCUCCCGGAGUUGGACCGGAUGCCAGUGUACACCAUCUUUUACGUCGAAUGGCUGGUCAAUGUGCCCAUCCUCCUUGUCUUGGCCGGCGGGGUCUCAUUAGGUCGACCCGGACCCGAGGUGGCUGAGCCCUUGGUCCUCACAAACAUCUACAUGAUCUUGGCUUGGUGCGCAGACUUCAUCUCAAAUGCUCCCGGCAAGUGGGCGGUGGUGGCGGUCUCCUUCCUGAUGUACUUUAAGGCCUCAUACGACAUGUUCCUUUGGGUCAAGCGAUGGCGCGUCGACAAUCCCGACGGCCACCUCUUCGGUCGCCCGCUGCUGGCCAUGGCCCUCGUGUUGGUCUUUGGAAUCUACGGCCUGGUCUAUGUCUUUCGACUUGUGGGGGUGGUGUCGUGGAAGUUUGAGUGCAUCUUCUUUCUGACCAUGAACUUCUCCACCAAGCUGUGCGCCUCCAUGUCGCUGGCGGGCAUCCGGUCCAGCGAGUUUCAGGAAGUGCUCCUGGUCAUGCUCGCCAACACCCAGACCUCCUUCCAGCGGACCAUUUUGGGAGACAUUGACGACCAGCCGGCACUGCGUGACUGA